AUGAUAAAUUUUAUCCACAAUUGGUGAAACAGGCCCUUAAUAUACGAAAAAAAAAUUGAACCACGCGAAGAACGUGUGACCGUCACUACCGGUCACGUCAGUCCCACGCCCACUUUAGAUGUUACUCCAACACCAGUCGGCACGAUUCGAACAGAGGAGUACAAACGAGAUCUCGCUGAGUUCCAGGCGCGGAGGUCUAUUGGUGGCAAAGACCAGCAAUCGACUCCUAUAAAGAAAAAAUGUGGAAGACACUCUUUACCAGUGUCCUGCACGGACUGCACCGGCGAUCCUGACGCUAGUUUUAAUUACGAGAAAAAGUCCGCUAUCAAAUAUAAGAAAAAGUCACACAAACGAGCUCGAAGCGCACAUUCCGAGGAAAAAGUAAAUGACGGCGUACCCAACAUACAAUUUCUGUUUCAAAAUCAAGUCUUUAUGCCGGGUAAUAUGUUCACAGCGUCGUACUCGGAGCCUCGUAAAACUAAUAAUUAUUCCAAUCAACGUUCGCCGGAUUUUUUUGUCCAAAAACGUAUAGAGUUCAAGGAUGACCAAUCCCUGUCGCCGCCAUUUUUCUAUAAGAACAAUUCGUUACCUUUCGACACUAAAAACUUUUUGGACGGAUCAAGAAGUGACGAAGAAGAAGUCGAUGGAUUGGGGGUCGCGGGGGAUGCGAAAACUUCCAGUCCGAGUUUAGGAAGUCAUAAAAAUGACAGUUGCGAAGAGAAACUUUGGGAGGUGAUGAGCGAGUUGAAACACCUUGACCAGUGGGCAGACGAACAGUUGCAAGUGCAAUCGAUGAACACUAGCAAAUCUGAUGACAAUAAGAGUGACAUAAGCGCGUACGGGCUGCCAAUCGCUAGCGCGUGUAACUUAAACGUGACAAUUGACAAGAAUAAAGCUUGGAGUAACGGUAAGUGGGGAGUUGUGCCCGUGCAGAUCAAGAAGCUGGCUGGGGUCACCAUCGAGCAUGUCAAGAAGAAACAGAAUAUGGAGAUAAAUAUACUAAGAAAAUGUCGCCAUCCAAAUAUAAUACUUCUAAUGGGACUCUAUCCGGACGUAAACAAUAACAUUCACAUUAUUUGCGAAAGAUGCGUUGACACGCUAUUUAGUUUAAUUCAUGUACAGGGUCGUAUCCUAAGCGUCCAAACCUCAAUACGCUAUGUAUUAGACAUUACCAACGCAAUGUUGUUCCUACACAUGCAAGGAUACCUCCACACUGAGCUAUCCAGCAUGAGUGUGAUGAUCACAGACCAGGAUAUUGCGAAAUUGGCAGACUUGGGACCGUGUGCGAAGCUUCCAGAAACAAAGGGAAAGGAGAACAAGGGUUACGAUAUGUAUUCACCGGAACCGCAAUAUGUGAACUUGACUAAAAGCGGCGACGUCUCAUCAGAAUGCGACCCCCUCAUCACCCAGCGCUCAUCCGAAGCUUACCUGAGCACCAAUGCAGUAACUAAGCACUACAAAGCUUACUCUGAAUCUGAGCACUACCGCUGGCAAGCUCCUGAGCUUUUUGAGCCCGAUGAAGAGGGCUUAGUUUACCCAUGCUCAAAGAGUGAUGUGUACUCGCUAUGUGUUAUUCUUUGGGAGUGUUGUAAUGGUGAGCGAAUUUUAUUUUUAUUAACGGACUAUACGUCCCUCCCGUGGAAGUCGCUGUCGUACUCGCAAGUGCGGCAGCGCCACCGCGCGGGCGGCGGGCUGCCGCCGGCGGACGGCUCGCUGGCGGGCUGCGUGCUGGCGGCCGCGCGCGCCGGCCUGGCGCCGCGCCCCGCGCGCGCCGCGCUGCCCGCGCUCCGGGCCGCGCUGCUGCACGCAAGGCGUAACUUGGAUGAAAUGGAAUACGUAGUAAUUCCCGUUCGAUCAAAGAAUAAAUCUGGCUCUAGUACUCAACCUUGGGAUUCCACAUCCCCCGACUCCGAAUGCCCCAGUCCCAAGAACAUCGAACACAAGGCAGUAGUGCACACGCAUACUUCAAACGAAACGUCUAAGAACUCCAGCCCCUUGUACGAAACCAUACGACAGACACUACCCACACGUUACACUACAGAGAAGUGUUUCAUAUCGUCCGAUGAAGAAAACCCGACGAUUAAAUUUGACCAUUUACAAGAUGAGUGCUCGAGUGCCUGUUCGACUCCCUUAGCAAAACUUCGAACAAGAAUCAAAGACGCUGUCACACCAAGCUUACAUAGAAGCGAUUCCACUGAAUAUUGCAGUAUACUAAGUCCGGAUACAAGAUUAAACAAUUUUGGUCUUACUGACGAUAGUGUUAAGGACCAAAGUUGCGAGCGACCGACCGCUAAACUCAGCAGGAGCUUCACACCGAAGUCUUAUAAACCCUUGCAAAUUAAAGUACCGGAAUGCAAUUUGGACUCUAUUAAGACGUUGCUUAAAGAGCAGAAUGGAAGCGAGCGGUCGUCUUAUAAUUUUAAUAUAAAGAACUACAGUUUGCCGACGACGCCGAUAGCGAGGAGUAAUAAGUUGAGGAAGAAUGCAUGGUUGUCGGGAGAGUUGAAUGAAAAUAAUUGUAAGGCGGAGGAAACGACGAAGGGAUCUUUAAAUAUGCCCAAUACUGAUGAGACUAAACCCAAAGCCUUCAAUAGUGCAUUGUCUUCAACGGAACCUACGAAUGAAAAAGAUAUAAAAUCUGAAGUUCUAUCCAAUAACAAUAAUGAACAAAGAACAAACGAUACAAUGUCAACUGGCAGUGUUGAUACGGCUCGGGAUAGCUUUACUGGGUUAAGAAGGGUAUCAUUGCCGCCGGCGGACUUCCCCGCGUCUCCACUGGGGCGCACGCGCUCGCUGGGCAGCGUGGACGAGGCGCUGUCGCGCGUGUACGUGGCGCCGCUGGUGGCCAUGCACGAGCGCGCCAUCCAGCAGGCGCAGUACACACUAGUGGACGAGGCGCUGUCGCGCGUGUACGUGGCGCCGCUGGUGGCCAUGCACGAGCGCGCCAUCCAGCAGGCGCAGGCGCUCUCCCUGCCCGAGGACGCCCGUAACCGCGUAGUGGCGGUGAAGCCCGCCUCGCACUGCGUGGACACACUACAGACGUCUCUGCCUCAGCGUCGCCGCCCGACACGCGUACCCACCGGUCAGUGCGCAUGCCCCUCCACUUGCAUGUGCAACUGGGAACAAUACUGUCAAGCGCGUGAAGCGGUAGCGAAGAGUAUGAACUUUCAUUCCCACGACUCAAACACAUUGACUAAAGCUUCAGAAAAAGGUACAACAACUGAAGAUAUAAAUGAAAAGCACAAAAUUGACCGUUCCACCGACACACUGAGCAUCGAAGAAUUCAUACGAGAUUUAAUUCGAAAGGAGUUCCACUAUUUAAUAAACGAAAUGGCGGACAACACGUCAGAAUCUACCACCAGCCUCAACAAAGGCGAUGAUUUAUUAAACAAAGGCUUAGCGAACGUUAUGGAGUCUCUGAAGAACGCUGACGAAGGCGACAAAAGCUCUAAAAAGGAGUCCUUCACGUCAUUUUCUAGAUUAAAAAUUAACGGUAACAACAAACCGUUGUUACAAAUAACGUUUAAUCGUUCUGGAGAGAAUAGUUUGCAAGUUCUGGACAACUGUGUCAACGUGACCAUUUGUGACCAAACAAGCAAGGACAAGCUGAACGUGUCUGUGGAAGACACUUUGACGGCUGAAGACAUUCACAUUAAUUCGUUAAAGCGGUGCCAAGCUUUCAGUGCUAUUCAGGAAGCCCGAAGCACUGAGGACCUAUACAUCGACGAUGAGUUAUCAACCCAUAUGCAAGAGAACUUUGGCGGACGAAUGAGACUCAUUCCACUGCAAGGCUCGCUACACACGAUGCUUUGCGAACGCGCAGACGACUGUUGUCUGUUGCAAGUACAACACGAAACUAACUGCGACGCCCUUUACUUCCGUGAUAGCGAUAUAGAGGAAAGAGACGUCAUAGAUGGAGACGAUACCGUCGUCUAUAAGCGUAGCUUCUCGCUUGUGGAGGAGCGUAUUCAACGCAUGCCACGUCGGGCCAACCCCCCCAACACAAACACUAACCCACCCAACUCAAACACUAACCCUCCCAACCCGGUUGCAGCGCUCAGAAAACUUAGCGAUAAACUCCGGACGCGUCCGAAAUCGGAGAUAUUUAUCAAAAAAAUAGACAGAGAGAGUCGUGCCUUAAGCAGUAGCAGCCCGUCUCUGCUCGCGAACGAUGAUUUAGAGCUGAAUAUUGAGAACGUGGUGUGUUACUCAUCAUCCUCUGAUGAGUGUCUCCGCUUUGAUGAUGAUUUUGAGACCCUGGAGAAAGAGAUAGAGGCCGACUUAGCCCGAGCUGCCGAAAGGGGCACUCUGCAGAAGAUAUCCGAGGAAAACCUCUCCGCCCUCACCGAUGAAAAUUAA